UUUCUGAUCAAAACAGACACCUCUGUCACUCUCCUUCUCUCUCUCUCUCUCUCUCUCUAUCUAUCUCUCUCAUGGAAGACGACGAUGAGGCGCUCUCGGCUUCUGAUCCGAGCAGUAGCUCAGAGGACGAAUACGGCUGCCAAGAUGACGAUGAAGAUGGAGACGGAGAUGAAGAAGAAGAUGUAGAGCUCGAAGGUGGUGGAGAAUCUGAUGACAAUGCACCUAGGGCGCCUCCCCUGCUGUCCAAUGACGAUCGGAAAUCAAAGAAUGUGGAUGCGCUAGUGAGGGGUAACCUAGUCGUGAAAAGGCAGUCAUUGAUACCCCGAGUGCUUUCGGUGACUCAAGGAGCUGCGGUUUGUCGAAAACCCUUUAAACCUCCCUGCUCUAAUGGCUACGAUGAUAAGAAUGAACAGCUCGGUCGUCGUCUUUAUGCACGGAAACGGUUUGUUCCUUGGGGAUCCUCGAGGCCUGCUUUGGUUGCAAUAACCAAUCAAUUCAACAUACAAGGUGUCAGUAACGAUGUGGAAGAGGAAAAAAUAAGUCUGCCACCUGGUAUUGAACCAUUGGUCUUGUGGCAGCCUGAAGAACCUGACGGGGAAUCUAAUAGCUUGGUGCCAAUAGAGGUGGAUCCACUUCUUGUUCGCUCCCUUCGACCCCAUCAAAGGGAAGGUGUUCUGUUCAUGUUUGAAUGUGUUUCGAGUUUAUGUGGUGCGGGCAGUAUACAUGGAUGCAUUCUAGCUGAUGAUAUGGGUUUAGGAAAGACAUUGCAGUCAAUCACCUUAUUGUACACUCUUCUUCAUCAAGGGUUCGAUGGGAAGCCUAUGGUUAAGAAGGCCAUAAUUGUUACUCCCACUAGUCUUGUCAGUAACUGGGAGGCUGAAAUCAAGAAAUGGGUUGGAGAGAGAGUUCAGCUCAUUGCUCUUUGUGAGAGCACCAAGGAUGAUGUGCUUUUAGGAAUAGACCGUUUUACAUGUCCCCGAAGCUCUUUACAGGUACUCAUUGUUUCCUAUGAAACAUUCAGAAUGCAUUCAUCAAAAUUUAGCCACAGCGAGUCCUGUGACCUUCUCAUAUGUGAUGAGGCCCACAGAUUGAAAAAUGACCAAACACUGACUAACAGGGCUUUGGCUGCUUUGUCUUGCAAGCGCAGAAUUCUGCUAUCAGGUACACCGAUGCAGAAUGACCUGGAAGAAUUCUUUGCUAUGGUUAAUUUCACAAAUCCUGGAAUCUUGGGUGACAUUUCACAUUUUCGCCGCUAUUAUGAGACACCAAUAAUAUGUGGAAGAGAACCUACUGCUACAGAGGAAGAGAAAAAGCUAGGUUCUAAGCGCUCCACGGAACUUAGUGCGAAAGUGAACCAGUUCAUACUUAGGCGGACUAAUGCAUUGUUGUCAAAUCACCUUCCACCAAAGAUAAUUGAGGUGGUUUGCUGCAAGUUGACUCCUCUGCAGGCAGAGCUGUACAACCAUUUCAUACAAUCCAAAAAUGUCAAACGGGCCAUCUCUGAGGAGGUGAAGCAAUCAAAGAUGCUUGCUUAUAUUACAGCUCUUAAGAAGUUGUGUAACCAUCCAAAGCUUAUAUAUGAUACUGUAAAAAGUGGGACUCCAACUUCAGGAUUUGAGGACUGUAUAAGAUUUUUUCCUUCAGAGAUGUUCUCCGGGAGAUCAGGAUCGUGGAGUGGUGGUGAUGGGGCCUGGGUUGAACUUUCGGGAAAAAUGCAUGUCUUGGCUCGUUUACUUGCCCAUCUUCGCCAUAGGACUAAUGAUCGCAUUGUCCUUGUCUCAAACUACACUCAGACUCUGGACCUUUUUGCGCAAUUAUGUCGUGAAAGAAGAUAUCCAUAUCUGCGGCUUGAUGGAACCACAACAAUCAGCAAGAGACAGAAGUUAGUAAACCGCUUUAAUGACCCAUCAAAGGAUGAAUUUGCAUUCCUGUUAAGCAGCAAGGCUGGUGGUUGUGGCCUCAAUUUGAUCGGAGGAAAUCGCCUGGUCUUGUUUGAUCCUGAUUGGAACCCUGCUAAUGAUAAACAAGCUGCUGCAAGAGUGUGGAGGGAUGGACAGAAGAAGAGAGUAUACAUCUACAGAUUUUUGAGUGCUGGAACGAUUGAAGAAAAGGUAUACCAGCGUCAGAUUUCAAAAGAAGGGCUCCAGAAAGUCAUUCAACGGGAGAGUAGUAGCGAUAGACUUCCAACAGAGGGAAACUAUCUUUCAACUGAGGAUCUGCGCGAUCUGUUCACAUUCCAUGAGAAUGCGAGGUCAGAGAUUCAUGAAAAGAUGAAUUGCCUCCGCUGCCAAAAUACUGAUGAUACAGAGAGUGUAGAUUAUCAGGUAGAGGCAACACCAACUAACAGAAAUGAGUGCAACGAGGACAAAGAUUGGGACAUAGGCUCAUUUGCCGAAAUUGCUGGAUGCUUCCACAAGUUGAAGUCCUCAGAGAAACAGGUGGGGAUUCCAAAAGAAGAGGAUUUAGGCAGUUGGGGCCAUCACUUUUCUGCAACCACUGUCCCCGACAUUAUAUUUCAGGCCUCAGCUGGAGAAGAGGUUACAUUCGUUUUCACCAACCAAGUAGAUGGAAAGCUUGUGCCAGUAGAAGGAAAAGUGAGCCCGGACACAAGUGGAGCAAACAGCACCGCACACAGCUUGAAGCGGCCAUUGAACGAACCUGACUCGGAAAGACGAUGUCAACAACCAUACCAAACUGUAGCUUCAAAUAGACAUUACGGCAAGAGAUUGUUGUCUGAUACUUGCAAGGUUCCACAUGGAGCAGAAGCAAAACCGGCAGUUGACUCGAGUAAGGAGAGGCCUAACAUCUUGCAGAAUAAACUCCAUAUUGCAAAUAAGUUGCCACUUAAGAGAUUACCCCCUGGUACCCUCAAACAUGAUGACGAUUUUGUAUAACAUUUCAGCUUUACAUUGUACUAUAAUUUUUCUUGCUGUCUAGUAUGAUUUUAUGAAAAUCGACGAAAAUCUGAGCAAUGUAUCAUUUGCCUGUAGAAACUGGCUGGAAAGCAUUUUCAUCCAAUGAUGGUGCUUACAAUUGAUAGAACGCCAACUAAUUUUUCCUUUUGGAGUAA